AUGUUGCAAUCUGGUUAAUAAAAUUGUUAGAGAGAUGCUCCUGCCUCAAUGAAGGUACUAAUGAGACAAAAUCCAAAGUGGAUUUUAUUGAACAGUAAAUGUGAGGUAGAGAGAGAAGGUGGAAAGAAAGAGAAAAGGGGAGAGGGCAAGGGAGUGACAGGGACAGAGACCUCCCCUGGGGCAGAGCAAUUGUGACAUUGUCCCCUGUGUGUGUGGCCUUCCCGGGGUGGGGGUUUUACACCUGAGCCAGUUUGGGUAAGGGAGGUGGUGUUCACCCCUCAGCAGGGAUUACCCCACUGUUUCAGGUUGCAGUGUAAGAUGUAACCAAAUGCAUGUUUUCCAUCACCAUCUUCACAAACUGUUAUAAACGGGCGGGGCAGUGUUCUUUAUCUCUUCCAGGACUCAGCCCUGAUAACAUCCUCCAGGGGCCAUCUUUUCUGAAUGGGCCAUUGAGUGUCCCUGCAGGAAUGGUAAAAUGAUAUCAUCCCAUUGUGGGAUGCUCAGCCCAGGGGGAGGAGCCAAGCAUUCCUACCUGGAUAUAAGCUGAGCCUUGCAACACCAGGAGCACCUUGGCUACUGGAUUCCCAGAGGACAAGAGCUCCAUCACCACCACUGGACCUUCAGAGGAAGACCAGACCCUUCUACAGGAUCACUGCUUUGACAGAAUCACAUUCAUCACUGCAACAGGACUGCAGCCACCAUUUAAUGGGACUGCUACCAGCACCCUGACCAACAGGGUGCCAGGUUAUAUCCUGACUGUGUCAGUUUAAGGCAGUGUUUCUGUAUCAUUGCAUUGACCUUAAUUUUCUUAAUUGUAAUUCUGGCCUAGAAUCUCCCCCUGGUUUGACCUCAAACCAGUACAAAACUCAAUGCAUUAAUCUCUUGUUUUCCCCCCCAAACAUAAUUUCCCAUCCCAAAACCUUUGCCAGAUGGAGGAGGAAGCUGCGAGGAAGACGAAGAUGCCCUGGGACACCCAGGCAGGAUCUGAGGAUGGAGACCAGCGAGGACAAAGCCCCGUGGCACAACAUCAUAGCAGAGGCCAUUUUGAGUGGCUCCAUGGCACAGGAAUACAACAGGGAAGAAAAGCCACAGAGAUCCCACAGGAGGAGGGGCUCCAAACCCAGCCCAGGGUACUCUGAAAAGGAAAGACCCACCCUGAGCCGGGUAGGUGGACAGAGCUUCAGCCAGAGCUCGGAGCUGGUGGUCCAUGAGAAGCCUCAUGAUGGGGACAAGCCCCACAAGUGCUUGGAGUGUGGGAAGAGGUUCAGGCAGAAGACCACCCUGAUCUGCCACCAGAUGAUCCACACUGGGGAAUGGCCCUACAAAUGUGGGGAGUGUGGGAAGGGGUUCAGCUACAGAUCCACCCUUGUGACCCACCAACGCAUCCACACUGGGGAGAGGCCCUAUGAGUGUCCUCAGUGCCAGAAGAGGUUUCGGAUCAGCUCAGCUCUCCUCCUGCACCAGCGGAUUCACUCAGAGAAGAGGCCCUUCUGCUGCCCUGAUUGUGGGAAGGGCUUCAAGUGCAACUCCAACCUCGUCAGGCACCGGCUCAUCCACACCGGGGAGAGGCCCUACGAGUGCCCCACGUGUGGGAAGAGGUUUCAGGCCCGCUCCAACCUCCUCAGGCAUCAAAGGAUUCACACAGAUGAGAGACCCUUCCGCUGCCCUGACUGCGGGAAGGGCUUCAAGCAAAACUCCCACCUCAUCAGGCACCGACGCAUCCACACUGGGGAGACGCCCUACGGGUACCCCACAUGUGGACAGAGCUUCAGCCAGGGAUCAGAGCUGGUGGUCCAUGAGCAGCUUCCUGAUGGGGAGAAGCCCUACAAGUGCUUGGAGUGUGGGAAGAGCUUCAGGCAGAGCAGCACCCUGAUCAGCCACCAGAUGAUCCACACUGGGGAAUGGGCCUACGAGUGUGGGGAAUGUGGGAAGGGCUUCAGCUGCAGCUCAAAACUUGUCAGGCAUCAACGCAUCCACACUGGUGAGAGGCCCUAUGAGUGUCCUGAGUGCCAGAAGAGGUUUCACACCAGCUCAAAUCUCCUCUGCCACCAGCGGAUUCACACAGAUGAGCGGCCCUUCCACUGUUCUGACUGUGGGAAGAGCUUCAAGUACAGCUCCUACCUCAUGAAGCACCAGCGCAUCCACACUGGGGAGAAGCCCUACCAGUGUCCCCAGUGUGGGAACAGGUUUCACAUGAGCUCCAAUCUCCUCCAGCACCAGCGGAUUCACACGGAUGAGAGGCCCUUCCGCUGCUCUGACUGCAGGAAGGGCUUCAACCGCAACUCCCACCUUGUCACCCACCGGCGCAUCCACACUGGGGAGAGGCCCUACGAGUGUCCCCAGUGUGGGAAGAGCUUCAGACAGAGCUCUCAUUUGAGCAGACACCAACAGAGUCACCAGGGAGAAAAGCCCCACAAGUGCUUGGAGUGUGGGAAGAGCUUCAGGUGGAGCUCCCACCUGAUCGUGCACCGGAGGAGCCACACUGAGGAGAGGCCCUACGAGUGUGAUCAGUGCAGGAAGAGGUUUCAGACCAGCUCUGAUCUCCUCGUGCACCACCGCACGCACACAGAGGAGAGGCCCUUCCGCUGCCCCGACUGCGGGCAGGGCUUCAGGCGCAACUCCACCCUCAUCAGGCACCGGCUCAUCCACACUGGGGAGAGGCCCCACGAGUGUGAGGAAUGUGGGAAAAGCUUCAGGCAGAGCUCCCACCUGAUCAGCCACCGGAGGACCCACACUGGGGAACGGCCCUAUGAGUGUGGGGAGUGUGGGAAAAGCUUCAGCCAGCAUUCCAGCCUGAUCAUGCACCAAAAGAUCCACUCUGGGGAGAGGCCCUCUGAGUGUUCCAAGUGUGGGAAAGGGUUUCGGAUCCGCUUCCAUCUUUUCCGGCAGUAUCAGAGUCACACAGAGGAGAGGCCCUUCUGCUGCCCCGACUGCGGGAAGGGAUUCAGGCACAACUCCCACCUUGUCAGGCACCGGCGCAUCCACACUGGGGAGAGGCCCUACGAGUGUCCCCAGUGUGGGAAGAGCUUCUCAUGCAACUCCCACUUGACCCGACACCAACGGAGGCACCGGUGA